UAUGAACCAAAUGUGAACAAUAUUAAAAUCUCAUACUUCAAACACAAUGUUCGGAACAUUAUCAAAAGAAGUUGAAGUGAAGGUACCCGCAGACAAAGCAUGGGAUCUCUACGGAUCAAUCAAACUCGGAGACAUUGCCAAACAAAUCCUCGAUAACCUUGAGGUCGUUGAAGGAGAUGGUGGCGUCGGUACCAUAAUCAAGAUCACAUUCAAGCCAGGGUCAGAGAUUUCAUAUUAUAAAGAAAAGUACACGAUGAUUGAUGAUGAGAAGAAGGUGAGAGAAGCGGAGAUUAUUGAAGGAGGGCAUUUGGAUUUUGGAUUCACACUUUAUAGAGUUCGGAUUGAGGUGAAGGAUAAUCUGAAUGAUGAGAUGGGUUCUUCGUGUCUUGUGAAAACAACGAUUGAGUAUGAGGUUAAGGAAGAAGCUAAGGACAAUGCGAAGCUUGCAACCAUCGAGCCGUUUGUUGUUCUUAUGAAGUUGGCUAAUGAACAUCUCUUGAGUUCUAUUUAGUUCACAAUGUUUUUGAUAUUGGAUGUUUAUGAAUACUAAUGGGUUUGUGUCUUUUUUAUAAACUAAAAAAAAAUUAAUGUAUAAUAAGAGAUUAGGGUUUGAUUCUUAAAUAAAAGAAAGCUUGGGGUUGGGUUUUGUA